GUCUGGGGCUGCUCAGCGCCUUUGGCCUCUUCACCUUCACUCAAGUGCACCGGCUCCUCAAGAUUGAGACCGCCUUAGGGCUCGUGGCGGUUCAGCCUUUCCAACGUUUAUUGCCUCGACAAUCAUUCAGCAAUUCAAACGUCCAUCUCUGGUCUUCAAGCGUGCCCUAAGGCUUCAAUCUUGUUCAUCAAAUAUUAUUUGAGACUCCGGACAUUGUUGCAUUAUCAAAGUGCCAGUGGAUUGCCCUUAUACUUCCUGCCGAAAAUGACGUCUACAUUUGUCCCCGUGGAUUUGUCGUCCUUUGAUCCCGCAUUCGCAUCGUCCUUGCCCCAAUAUCGACACCCAACACACUCUCCCAGAAUCGUAGAGCUUCUUCAGACCAACAAGCCGCCUCUUUCUCCUGAACAGGAUGUCCUUGCAGCCCUAAUGGCUUCAGGAGAUGAGUAUCUUGCCGAAGUCGACAAGAAGAUUGCUGCCACUCGCCAGCUUCUCCAUUUUCUAUCAACGGAAAGGGACCAAAUCGUCUCCAAUCUUUCUGACGCGAAAAUCUUGACCCAUCCCGUUCGCCAGCUCGGGGAUGAUGUCCUCUGUGAAAUUUUCAGUCGUUGCGUCCCAGAAUUGGAUGCGGAGAGGAGUUUCUCAUCCCUGGAUCCCCGUCAGGCUCCGUGGACACUCCCAAGUUUGUACAUCAUGGAGGAGAGUUGCCCUUCGAACCGGUCGGUUGUGGUCGACUGUAGCGGUUAAUAUGCAAAAAGACCUUUCCGCCGCUUUCCAGCUGGGCAUACAGUUGUCUAGGGCACAAGGGCAUGUUUUAUCCGUUCACGUUUUUGGGUCCAGUAGGAGGUGGAC